AUGCAUCAGCAGAAGUAUAUUGGUGAGUUACUUGAAAAAUUUGAAAUGGAAAGCUGCAAUCCAUUGUCAAAUCCAUCAGAGACAAACACAAAAAUUGAUGAGUGCUCAGAUGAAGAGAAGGUUGAUCCAACUGUGUUCAGACAAAUAGUUGGCUCAUUGAGGUAUGUGUGCAACAGUAGGCCUGAUAUAUGCUAUGCUGUAAGUGUUAUCAGCAGGUUUAUGCAUGAUCCAAGGAAGUCACACAUGAUAGCUGCUAAGAGAAUCCUCAGAUACCUUAAAGGUACUUUGGAAGUUGGCUUGCUAUUCCCUAUUGGUACAAAUAGUGCAGGGAGUACUUUGAUAGGGUAUUCUGAUAGUGAUUGGUGUGGAGACAUAACUGAUAGGAGGAGCACAUCAGGUUAUGUUUUCAAGUUCAACAAUGCUGCAAUAUCUUGGUGUACAAAGAAACAAGCUGUGACUGCCCUCUCAUCUUAUGAAGCUGAGUAUAUAGCAGGCACAUUUGCAGCAUGUCAAGCAAUUUGGUUGAAUUCAGUGAUGAUAGAAAUCAUGUGUGAACCAGUGAAGCCUCUAAUCCUAAGGAUUGAUAACAAGUCUGCUAUAAUGCAAUAUUGUCCAACUGAGGUACAGUUUGCAGAUGGUUUUACAAAGGCUGUGAAACUUGACAGAUUUGAAUUUUUGAGGAAGAGCUUAGGACUGGUUGUUUGCAAUUCAAGCAUGAAUUAA